CCCCCCCCCCUCUUUUUACCUCCUUGCUCACCGAUCGAUUUCGCAAUGCCCAGUCACGCCCCAUGAAUAAUAUUUUCACUAUGUACGAACCGAUGCGAUCCCCAUCUAUGCACGCCGCACACCGCACACUGGAGUUGGCGUUCUGGAUUCACGGACACAGUGUCUCGGUCGAUCUCAUUAUUCUUGCUUUUUUUGAAUUAGGGUUAUUGGUUCGUAGGAAUGGAUAUGGAUGCUUCUAAUAGUAA